AUGUCUUGUAAUUCAGUUACAUUAUCCUUCCUACAGACCUCUUGGGUCAAUACUAAACAGCAGCAGCUUAGCCAUGGCUGCCGCCUCAGUUCAGUUGCAGCAGUGACCCAUCGGCCACGGCCUCUUGUUAUUGAAGCCAAAACCAAAACCAGAAGAGAAGACAGGACUGCCCGUCAUAUUCGUAUUCGUAAGAAGGUUGAAGGAACACCAGAAAGACCAAGAUUGUGUGUUUUCCGCUCCAACAAGCAUAUUUAUGUUCAGGUGAUUGAUGAUUUGAAGAUGCAUACCCUUACUUCAGCCUCAACUAUGCAGAAACCCAUCUCAGAGGAAUUUGACUACAGCUCCGGUCCAACUAUUGAGGUAGCAAAGAAGGUGGGUGAAGCUAUUGCGAAGUCCUGUCUUGAAAAGGGAAUUACCAAGGUGGCUUUCGACAGAGGGGGUUACCCCUAUCAUGGACGGAUUGAAGCCCUUGCUAAUGCUGCUAGGGAGCAUGAUUCACAGGGGAUUCUGUGCUGUUCAAACGGGGCUUCACAGCCAUGGCUGACUGGAGAGGAGAGCAGGAAUAAUGUGCAGAAUGGAGAAACUAGUCUUCUUAAAGUUGUUGCUGCUUUUGUGAUGUGGCAGACAUCCAAUACAGGAAGUAGCAAAGAGCAAGUUCAACAUUUUGAAACUCAUAGAGCUGCUUUAUCUCAAUUAGGUCUUCAGUUUACAAACUGCUUUGUAUAG